CCUCCAAGGCCAUUUUUUGUGCCUUUGCUUUUGGUUUAUAAAUAUAUUCAUACAAUUCAUUAUCAAAGCAUCCAAUCACAAAGCUAAAUUUGUUAACAGUUUCGAUCUUAUAUCCACUCUGUCUUCCAAUGGGACGUUGGAUCAAACCAGAGGUCUAUCCGCUAUUGGCGGCCAUGGGAUUUGUGACAAGUAUGUGCGUGUUUCAACUCACCAGAAACAUUAUGAUAAAUCCUGACGUCAGAGUGAACAAAGCGCACCGUAAAAUGGGAGUGUUGGAGAAUGAAGAAGAAGGAGAGAAGUAUUCAGAGCACAGCCUACGACGUUUCCUUCGAACACGCCCACCCGAGAUCAUGCCAAAUAUUAAUCACUUUUUUUCUCAAGACAAAUAAUUUCGAUUGACAUACUCAACUUAAUUAGUCACAUUUUCUUUUAUUCCUUGUUAUAUUCUCUACUUUUUGUUUUGUUUGCUUUGCUUUGUCCCUUUUUUCUCCUCCAUAAAUGUAAGGUGGCUGGCCAACACAUUGAAGUAAUAGUAAUUUCCUAUGUUCAUAUACGUUCCUGUUUCUGCCAAUAUAAAAAUAAUUCAACCGUAUUCCUUUUCGAAUU